GACACGUUGGACAACAGACAUGUCAGCUCCCAGUGCACAGACUGUCCCCUCAGUCCUGCUGUAAAACUGAAUAAAACCUUCUUUUCUUUUCGUGUGCUCCUGAGGAUUUCAUAAUGGUGGUUGAUACAAAUUCUUCCGAAUCCAGCAUCAUCCUGAGAGUGAAAGGGCCUCUGGAAUUUAAAUGUCUCUUUGAUAAAACAGACGUGCCCAACAUCCAGAAAGUGAUCUCCAAAACUUUUGAAGCCCUUUGCUGUGCCAUCAAAUCAGACUCUUGUGUGUUCACCCUGUGUGAUGGGCCUGUCAUCAUUUGGCCAAACAAAGAUGUCCACAUAUCACAAGACGGCAUCACUCCAGACAGCCUGUGUGAAGAGCUGUCUCAGUGGACACAGACAAGUGAACAGGAAAAUGUUGGCAAAAAAUCUACAAAAAAGAAGACCAGAAAAUGCUCCAGUGAUACAGUGCUAAACCUUCGAUUGAUGAUGGAGGCAACUGGACCUGGAGCCCCCCACUCGGCUCAACUGCCUGUGUUCGCCAGGACAGUUCAGACAUCACACUUUGUGUCCACGAUUCUACCAAUGGACUGUGUUGUCUGUGUAAGCUCUGGUGAAACAAUACGAGGUGCUUGUCUCCGUCUGGUGGAAGAGUUUUCCCAUCAGCUCAAUGAGAUGAAGAGAGUAACUUUGCUGCACUUAAAGGGAACUUCUAUCCUGGUCCCUGAACCACUCCACUUCCUCCUCCCACAGCCCCAUGGACUGGUCACUGUUGUUUAUCCUGCAGGAGUACCUGACAGCCAACUACAGACAGCUCGACAGGCUUUGCAUCAAAAGUAUGACCUACCAGAUGACACACCUUAUUUUAGAAGAGCAAAUGCUUACCACUUCCCAAAUGAGCCCUAUAAAGAUGGAUAUCUCCGAAAUCCUCAUCUGUCCCUUACUCAUCCUACCCUCGACAAUGGAAAGGUUUAUUUAGUCCAGGGGCUUUACAGCUACCAUCACUACAUGCAGGAUCGAAUGGAUGACAAUGGCUGGGGCUGUGCUUAUCGCUCCUUACAGACGAUCUGCUCUUGGUUUCAGCAACAGGGAUAUGUAGACAGAUCUGUGCCCUCUCAUAAAGAAAUUCAGCAGGCUCUAGUAAACGUUGGGGACAAACAAGCCUCUUUUGUGGGGUCUCGUCAGUGGAUUGGAUCAAUUGAGGUUCAGGUUGUACUGAAUGAACUGAUGGGAGUAACAUCAAAGAUCAUGUUUGUCAGUCAAGGUUCUGAGUUGGCUAGCAAAGGGAGAGAAUUGGCCAACCACUUCACAACAGAAGGAACUCCAGUAAUGAUUGGAGGGGGAGUUUUAGCUCACACUAUUCUCGGCGUGGCCUGGAGUGAAACUACUGGAGAAAUCAGGUACCUCAUUCUAGACCCUCAUUACACAGGAGCUGAAGAUUUACAACUGAUCAUAGAAAAGGGCUGGUGUGGCUGGAAAGGACCAGAGUUUUGGGAUCAAACAGCCUAUUAUAAUCUGUGUCUGCCUCAGAGGCCAAAGGUCAUCUAAGUUCCCACAGUUUUCCCAGCCUGCAGAUGUUAUUGUCACACAGAUGCAAAGCUUUAGACCAAUUUAAACAAUCUAAUUUAAAAUUAAAAUUAGCAUCCUUAUGUAAUUAACAGGCAAAACUGAUCUAAAAUACUAUUUAUGAAAAUGUUCUUUAUUAAAAUAUCUUUGUAAUAUUUUAAUACUAAUCAUGCCCCUGUAAUUAUAGCUGACUGACCAGUAUUCAUUAAAAUAAAAUGUUGUCUUGAUGCACAAAGGCAAAUGACUAGUUUGUGAACAUAUUAUUAGCAGACACUCGUGAACAUGCUGAGCCCCUAAGGCAAGCAGCUCUGUCUGACUGCACUGAUUAGAGCUGAUCUGUCCGACACUGACCAUUAUUGGAAUACAAUCCCUCCAGUGAACAACCUCUCAGCCACAAAUAAGGUCAACUACAAUUGCCUCUCAUCGAAGUGCAUACAUGGCUAUUUGAUCAGAAGCUUAGAAAGGCUGAUUUACUUUUUGCUGUUUUUAUUGAUUUUUAUUUUUAUUAUUCAAGUGUGAAGCCUCCAGACACAUGUUCAGUCCUCCUCUGCUCAUCAUGUAUUGAGAUGUAAAUUCUACAACAGUGACCAGACAUAGGUUAUACCAUUAUUUGCUCAUGUGCUAUUAUCCCAGAACAUCAACCUGUCAUUACUGUGUGUCACUUCUGUGUUUAAAAAAAAACCCGUGACAAAUUGUAAUUUCAUGGGACGCGCUUCCAGAUAAUCUAUUCACUUGAGGAGAUGCACUUGUGGGAAUUAUUUACUACAACAGAAUACUGUACAUGAUCAUCAAGAGAAAAAAUAUAUUCUGGAGACUUUGUUAAGUACAAUUUGAAGUAG